AUGACUUCUUUAGAAUUUUUCGGAACUCAAUAUAUUGAUUAUUUUAAGGUUUUAGUGUACGUGUUACUAGGAAAAUAUGCUUAUUAUUACCUAACCGAUAAGAUCUGAAAACUACCUAGGAACUUGGGUCAUAAAUGUUCAUCUUGACCUUCAUGGCCAUGGUCAAGGUCAAACUAAAGAUAAUCACGAUGUAGCUAGAAAAAUCCUAAGCUGCUACUAUUUUAUUUUUUUCAUUUCCCUAUUAAUAUUCCCAAAUACUAUCUUGCCUUUCCAGGAGAUUUGAGUCAUCCUGUAUCAGCUAGCAUUCAAGCAUAAAGGGUGUGUGAGCGUGAAUAUGUUUUUGAAGGAAUAGUGCAGGCAACCAGUAUUGCUUCCAGGCAUUGUAAAGCUACCAUUCUGCAGAUGAUUAAGGCCAGUCUGUACCUCGUCCACUUAAUCUCUGGCAUGAGAAUUCAUAACAGGCAUACCGUUUUCAUGGACGACGAGGGACUACAUGAUGUGAUAUUUCAACUGUUUUAGUUUCUUUAUGACUAAUUAAUUUGUUCAACUACUACAUUUUUGAAAAACAAAAAACCCGACUUCAGUAACUGAAAAGAAUUAUGAUGUCAAAACCUCAAAUCUCAAAAUCAAUGAAGCCGGGCUUUUGAUUUUAUAAAAUUUCAAUAUACCCACUGUCAUGUCUUAUCUAGAAAUACCUCAUAUGUCAAAGUUCAACAAGUUGUAGCUC